AUGUCCACGGCCACGACGUCGUUUCGCAAGACGACGCUGUCGCAUGCGCAGAAGACGGUACUUGCUAUGUCGCGGGCGCAGUACCUUGAUGCUAUCAGUGCUACGCGGCCCGCUGACAAGCUAUAUGUCGGUGUGUGCAUCUUCCGCAUGGAUGCGCACAGCUCCCGGCCGUCCGUGCUGCUGCUAAGGCGAUCCGGGAGUCCGGGUGGCAGCGCUAGUAACGGGAACGAAAACGGUGCCGGGAAUAAUGCUAAGACGCUUAGUACUGCCAGUACGAACACAAAUACAAAUUCGAUAACGACGUCGAAGUCGAUGUGGGGGAUUGGACUUCGUGAUAAACAACAUAAACACUUGAGUAAUGGGAAUGGGAAUGGUGGUGGUAGUCGAAGAGAGACGGGAAGGGAUGCGGAAAGAAAUGGGAAAGUAGGGGGAGAGGAAACGGGGGGAGUUGCUGGUAUAUGGGAACUUCCCGGGGGAAAGGUCCGCGAAGGGGAUUUUUGUAUUUCGGCGGCGGUGGCUCGGCGCGUAGCGGAGCAGACGGGACUCCGUGUCGUUCGGGUUCUAGGUGCACUACAAGAUGUGCGUCGGGUUAGUGAAGUGAGGAUCUUGGACUGGGAUGAGGAUGGCGUGGGGAUCUUCUUAAACGGCGAAGAUGAUGGAAGUGGUGCGAAUAUGUCGGUGCUGGAUGGCGCUACGUUGACGAAUUCUUCGGGUGGUGGGAGUAGAAGCGGAAGCGGGAGCAGAGCGAGUACGGUUUCGAGGAGAUCGCCGAUACAUAAUCCACAUCUCGUGUUGAGGAGGGAGUGUCUGCAGUUGAAUUAUGCAGUUUUGGUGCAGAACCAUGAGGAUCUAGUGAUACGAUCACGGGAGCACGACGAGUUGGUAUGGGCGAGUUUCAGUCGUGCCGAGGCGUUGCGUAUGCCUGAGGAGCUAAGGACGGUCGUCCAUCAAGGGCUGGCGUUUGCGGGGGAGUAUUUGUUUUAAGAGAGCAAUAUAGAAAGGAAGUAUUGAGAUACCUAUAUAGAGGAGGGGUUGAGAAGGUCGGAAAGGUUCGGGAUAGAUACGGCAUAUACAAGCGAUGAUGAUAUGGAUAUGAUGUAAGGCGAGACAUCGGCCUCGGGAAUAGUUCCCCAUAUUACGACGACUGAAUGGCAUAAGCUGACCAUGUAUACUUGGAGGUAUUCAUGAUUGUUUCUAUGUUGUCUAAUGAUUAGAUGCCUAUUAUUAGAUUAGAUACUGAAAGACGGCCCUCUAAACAUGAAACUGCACUCUACAUUGAGUUGAAGAUAGAUACCAGUCCUGUUUUUAGUAUGAUCUCGUACGUAGUGUAUG